GACUACAAUUUCUUUUGAGGCCCCAUUCUUGAAUUUCACACUAUCGUAUGCCCCAAUCACAUGCUCUCUCUCUCUCUCUUCCUUAGCUUUUUUUUUUCUUUUUUUUUUUUUUCCAAUAUUUCGAAAGCUACCAUUGUGAAAAGAAGUGGAAGAACAAAUUAAAAUUUUCUUCAUUAUCUGCUAUUCCUUGUUUGUUUUUCUCCAUUUCUUCAGACAUUCCGCAGAUUCUUGCAGAGCUAAGCUGUUCUUUUAGUUUCUUCUUCAGUUCUUAAAACCAAACCCCCUCCUCCCUGGGAUUCCAUUUUUUUGUUUUGCACUGCAGAUUCCUGUUCAGUCUCUCAUUUUUUUGUGUUUUUUUUGUUCUCCCUUCUGGUCAAAGAUGGUGCUUUGACCAUUGGACUGAUUGGAAAUAAGAAGUUAAGAUGGAAAGAAGAAAAUGGCCAUGGAAGAGGAAGUCAUCUGAUAAGAGUCCUGGAGAAACUGAAAGUUCUGGUUCAAUGUCAUCGUAUUCAGAGAGAUUUUCCGACGAGCAGGAUGCAGCCAAGUCAUCUCCCAAUCAUGAGACUCAGUCUCCAGAAGUAACGUCAAAAGCGAUAUGUAAGGAAGAAGACAUUGAUGAUGAUUUGCCAAAACAAGAAGAGAUCAACGAUAGUGUGAAAAGUCUAUCCGAGAGGUUAUCAGCUGCUCUUGUAAAUGUGAAGGCCAAAGAAGACUUGGUAAAGCAGCAUGCUAAAGUUGCGGAAGAAGCUAUCGCAGGAUGGGAAAAGGCGGAAAAUGAAGUUACACAUCUAAAACAGCAGCUUGGGACUACAGUUCAGCAAAAGUCUGCCUUGGAAAAUCGAGUGAGCCACCUUGAUGGGGCCCUAAAAGAAUGUGUUAGGCAGCUUAGGCAGGCAAGGGAGGAGCAGGAGCAGAAGAUUCAUGACGCGGUGGAGGAAAAAACCCGAGAUUGGGAGUCCACCAAGGUGGAUCUUGAGAGGCAGCUCCUAGCACUCCAGAGCAAAGCAGAUACUGCCAAAUGCGAAUCUCCUAAAGUUGAUCCUAGCAUUGGCAAGAGGCUUGAGUUAUUGAAAAGAGAGAAUGCAGCCCUCAGGCAUGAGCUUCAUGCUCAAUAUAGGGAAUUAGAAACGAGGACUAUUGAGAGGGAUUUGAGUACACAAACAGCUGAAACAGCCAGUAAGCAGCAUCUUGAGAGCAUAAAGAAAAUGGCCAAGCUCGAGGCUGAGUGUCGCAGGUUAAAGUUUAUGUCAUGCAAACCAUCAUUGGUAGAUCACAAAUCCAUAGCUGCUUCGACGAUCUCUAUCGAGUCACUUACCGACACUCAAUCAGAUAAUGGGGAGCAGCUUAGUGCAGUGGAUAUUGAAAUAAGAACCGAACGAAACAAAGGCGAGCCUAGUUGCUCACAUCCACGGGCAUCAACCUUACUUGCAGAACUCAAUCAGCUUGGGAAUGAAAAGCCCGUUAGCAGUAAUCUUCCGUCUUCUCUUGAACUUGAUCUCAUGGAUGAUUUUCUUGAGAUGGAAAGGCUUGCUUCGUUACCUGAAACUGAUACUGGAAAGAGUCGUCAAGAAUCAGAAGCUUUCCCUCGUUCUACUGCAGAAGAAAAUGCACUAAGAGCGGAGCUUGAGGCCUUGCGGCAUGAGAGAUCUCUAAUGGAGGAGAAGCUGGGUGAGAUGGAGGAAGCGAAGAUUGAAUUGGAAGAGAAGCUGAAACAAAUGGAAGUGGAAAAGGAUGAAUUGGAAGAGAGGCUGGAGAUGAUGGAAAUAGAGAGAGAUGAAGCGAAUCAAAUGUUGGCAAAAAUGGAGACCGAACAAUACAAAUUGGGGCAAGAGUUGGUGAAGAUGGAAGAAGAGAAAGUUGAAAUGGGAGAGAAAUUAAUGAAGUUGGAGACACAGAAAGAUGAACUGGAGACUGCUCUAUCCCGAAGUCAGAACUCUGUUGAGCUUUCACAAUUUCAACUCAAGGAAACACAAAUGAAACUGGAAAAGUUACAGAAUGAACUCACCGUUGGAAAUGAAUCAAAGUUAAGAAUUGAGUCUCAACUUAUCAGCAUGGAAGCAGAAUCUCUGACCAUGUCUGCGAAAGUUGAGAUGUUGGAAUCUGAUAUUCAAAAAGAGAGGGCUUCAGCAAUGGCAUUGACUGUCAAGUGUCAGGUACUGGAAGAGGAGCUUUCAAGAUUGAAACAGGAUGAAAAGCUAUCACAAAGUGAAAUCUCCAAAAAUGAGUUGAAGAUAAAGCAGGAGGAUCUAGCAGUAGCUGCUGGGAAACUUGCUGAGUGUCAAAAGACAAUUGCAUCUCUUGGGAAUCAACUUAAAUCUCUAGCUGCACUUGAAGAUUUUCUUAUCGAUACGACACAUCUACCGGAGUUCACAGCCAGUGAAUCUCUAAACAUCACUAUAGAUGGUGAGGAGCAAUGCAAGCAUCCGUACGGAACACUUUCACCCAAAAGAGAUUCAGACUUUACUAAAGUAGUUGAUGACAAUUCUGAACCAUUAAUGAGUAAGAAUGGAGACGACUCGCCCCCUUCAUCAUCUUCUUCAACUUCAUCAUCUAUGAUAACAAGUCAUGUUGUCAAUUCUGAAAAAAACCGAAAUGGUUUUGCAAAGUUUUUCUCACGAACCAAGAGUGGGAUAAAACUAGAAAUAUAGUCAGGGAUGCAUAUGGUGUCUAAAGAUGAUGGUACAGUACACAAAUUUGACUGUAAAACAGCUUAGUUCUUGUGCAUCUUGAAUUUGCUGAUUAAAUGCUGUUUAAUAGUAGAUUAGUGUUUUAAAUCUUCA